AUGGGCACCGCCGGGGCCCUAGAGCGUCACGGGGGUAUCGACACCCUGGUCUCCAAUGCGGGCGUGAACCCGUUCUUGCGCAGCACGCUGGACGCCAGCGAGGACGUGAGGAACAAGCUGUGGAAGGAGGAGGCCGUAAAGGAGAAAAUGUUGAAGAACCUGAGAGUGAAGAGGCUGGGGGUCCCGUCUGACUGUGCCGGGAUCGUCUCCUUCCUGUGCUCCCCCGACGCCAGCUACAUCACCGGGGAGACCCCUCCCCCUCUGAGCCCCGGAACACGGAUGGCCUGAAGGAGGGACGGACGGAUGGGCCCUGAUUGGCCCGACCCCAAAUGGGGAUCUGGGAGCCCUGAUGGCUAUUGGGUUACACUCCUCUGGGGAGGGGGGUCUUGGGGUCCC